AUGGCGAUGGACACUGAACAGCCCAUUAUUUGCAUCAGAUAUCGCGCCGCCUGGCCUUCUCUUCCCCGGCUGCCCCUAGACAAUUCAAGAAUGCAACUACCAUCGAGUAUCCAGGACCGACAAGGCCAAAUCUUCGACCGAGUUGAGAAGAUCCUCCAAAAGAACAACAUCCUAGGGCCAGAGACUGAAAUCGAGCUGGUUGUACGCCGAAUGAACCCAACUGUUUUGAUCAAAUCACCGUGGAAGCAAGACAGCAAGAUAAAGUGGGCGCAAGCGGUCGAACAAAUCGUUGAUGCGAUGAAGAAACACUUCCGAGGCGCGAUCGAAAGAGGCCUCCACGUUGAGAUGAUAGCACCGCAAAAGUACGAGACGGUGUACAUCGGCGAGGUCGAGGAAGAUGUUCCAUGGGACGACAUUCGAGCG